AUGUCUGGAUACAACGCUGCUUCGAACGCAGGCGCGCACGCCUCAGACCUUGCGAACAAGCUCGACCCCCGCGUCGACUCGUCGCAGUUAGGUUCUAGCACCACCCGCUCCGGGAACCAGUACGGCUCUGGAACCGGCGGCUCGGGCUUCGGCGAUACCUCCCAGUACGGCUCUGGCGGUGGCAGUGGCACUGGCUCUGGUGCUGGCGGUGUCACCUCUGGCUAUGGCUCCAACACUGGCGGCUACAACACCGGCGGCACUGGAUAUGGUUCUGGCACGAAGGGUACCACCGGCGGUACUGGAUAUGGAUCUGGAGGCCAAUACGGCUCUAGCACUGGCACUGGUGCCGAGAGUGGCUAUGGGUCUAGCCAGUACGGAUCUGGCACUGGUGCUACUGGCACAAGCGGUGCUGGGUAUGGAUCUGGAGGUCAGUAUGGUUCCGGCACAGGUACUACUGGCACUACCGGAGCCACUGGCGGUUCUGGAUAUGGAUCUAGCGGUCAAUACGGAUCCGGCGCUGGCACUACUGGUGCUACCGGCACCAGCGGUGCUGGAUAUGGCGGAUCCGGCGCUGGCACUACUGGAACCACCGGCGCCAGCGGCGCUGGAUAUGGAUCUAGCGGUCAGUAUGGUUCCGGCACAGGUACUGGCACUACCGGAGCCACCGGCGGUUCUGGAUAUGGAUCCGCAGGCCAAUACGGAUCUAGCACAGGUACUACUGGUGCUACCAGCACCAGCGGAUAUGGAUCCGGCGCUGGCACUACUGGCACUACCGGGGCUGCCGGCGGUGCUGGAUAUGGUGCCGAGAGCGGUUACGGUUCUGGAGCUCGCCAUGGCGCUGAGUCUGGUCAGUAUGGCUCUGGAGGCCAGUACGGAUCUGGCACGGGCACUGGCACUGGUGCCGAGUCUGGCCAGUAUGGAUCUGGAGGUCAGUACGGAUCUGGUACCGGUGCCGGUUCCCAAGGCACUCAAGGCACUCAAGGCGCCCAAGGUGCCCAGAGUUCCCAGGGUGCUCAGAGCGCCCAGGGCGCUGCCUCUCACGCCGAGAAGGCUCACAGCUCCAGCCUUUUGAACAAGCUUGACCCCCGCGUUGACAGCUCCACUGGCACCUUCAAGCCUGGCCACGGCGGCCACGGCAGCCACGGUGCCAGCGACAGCGCCAGCAAGGCCGGUGAAUAUGGUAACAAGGCUGGCGACUACAGUAGCCAGGGCGGCCAAUUCGGUGGCAAGGCUGGCGAAUACAGCAGUAAAGCCGGUGAAUAUGGCAGCAAGGCUGGAGACUACAGCAGCAAGGCGGGCGAGUACACCAAAGGCCUCUAA